UUCCUGUUCCCUUCGCCCACAGACACGUACCAGGCGCAGGUGCAGGCGGCCUGGCAGAAGAGCUGGAACCAGACCCAGUCCUUGCUGCAGAAUCUGAGGUUCAGGGAGCGGGGGCCUCUCAAGUCGUGGCGGCCCGAAACCAUGGCGGAGGCUAUCCACGCCGUGCUGAAGGAAGGCCUCUCGCUCUCACAGGCUGCCCGUAAGUACGACAUCCCGUACCCGACUUUCGUGCUGUACGCCAACCGGGUCCACAACCUGCUGGGCCCUUCGCAGGAGCCCGGCGACAUGAGGCCCAAGGGUCGCGGCCGCCCCCAGAGGAUCCUGCUGGGGUCGUGGCCGGAGGAGCAGAUCAAAGGCGUCAUCAGAGCUGUAGUAUUCCGGGACACUGCCAUGUUCAAAGAGAAUGAGCACAAGUAUGGCGGCGGAGGCAAGAUCAAGGAGAACAACAAGCCAGCCAGCAAGAUGCAGAGGGAGGACCCCAACGCCAUGGCCAUGAAGCCCAACGGACCAGCCCUUCCCACCGUGUCUGGCAUCCUGUCCGGCCUUACCCCCACCAUGGACAACCCGGACAACAGCAGCCUCUCCACCGCCCCCAGCACGCCCCUCGCCACCACCCCGGCUCCCUCCACCCCUGCACCCUCCACUCCUCUCCAAACCCCCUCCACCACACCGUCUGCCACCACCCCCAUCGGCCUGCCCCUGCCCACCCCCCCAACACCAGGCAACGCCAUGGGCCCUGCCGCUGGAAGUCCCGGAUCACUGGACGCUAGACUGGCACCUUCAACCAUGGACAGCACCACUCCUCCCCUAGGCCCCAACAUGGUGUCUGCCUGCCUCACCAGUAUGACUCACACCUCCUCCUCCUCCUCCCUCACCUCCCCGGUCUUCAGUCUCUCCAGUGCCAACGACAGUAUUAACAACACCAACGGUACCACCACCACCACAGCAAGCAGUGGUGAGGCCCCACCGCCAGAGAGUCCAAACUCAGGGGCACUGCCAAGACAGUCACCGACCCAGCCCCCACUGCAGCCACAGCAGCCGCAGGGAGAAGAGGACCAACAGCAGCAGCAGCAGCAGCAGCAGCAGCAGCAGCAGCAGCAGCAGCAGCCACAGCCACAACUGAUUGUAAAGCAGGAGGAGGAUGUGACACAAAAUCUUCAAGAUGCACAAAAGCAACAAGAACAGCAGCAGCAACAACAACAACAACAACAACAACAACAACAACAACAACAACAGCAGCAGCAGCAACAACAGCAACAACAACAACAACAACAGCAGCAACAACAGCAGCAACAACAGCAACAACAGCUGCAACAACAGCAGCAGCAGCAGCAACAACAGCAGCAGCAGCAGCAACAACAACAGCAGCAGCAGCAGCAACUACAACAACAACAGCAACAGCAAUUACAGCAGCAGCAGCCCUUAGUCAAGAAGGAGCCUCAGCUCCCGUCUGUGGCACCGCCUCCACACCAUUCUCCGUACGCCAUGCAACGGCCGGCGCCCCCCCACAACCCCCUUCACAACCCCCACCCGAACCCCCUCCAGUGCCCCAGCCCCACCCAGCACUCUGCCGCAGCCCUGCAGCAACAACAGCAGCAGCAGCAGCAAAGGCACCACAGGGCACCACCCCCACACAACCAGUUGCACAAUCAGCUUAGCCAAGGGCAGAUGCAACAGAGACAGAUGCCCCAGGCCCAGCGUGGCCCCCCACAGCGCCACCACUCCCAGCACGCCCAGCUGGGGAGCUUGCUGCCCGGGGCACUCACCUCACCCCUUGCUACCUCCUUGGCCUCCCCAGUCCACUUGGCACGGUUGUUUGGGGAAGGAAGUCACCCACACCUACCAGCCCACCAGCCCCCCCAGCACCCCCAAGCCCCCAUCAACCCCUUUCACCCAGGCUUCCCCCGCCAGCCCCACCCUUCUGCUGCCCUGCAAGUCAUGAACGCCAUGAACAGCCUCAACCCUCACACCUCCCGCAUGAACUCCAACGACCUGGAUGCAGCCUCCGAGGCGCUGCUGUUCAGCAAGUUGGCCAACCCUCAGAUGAACCCAAACCAAGGGAAUGGAGACGCCUUGGCCCGCUCUGUGCAGCCCCAGAACCAGUACGACAAUCACGGUGAUAUCGCCACCUCCCUCGCCAACAUGGUCAAUCGCACAUCGCUAAUGUACCGCGAUGGCCUCGACGCCAUCAAAACUGAACCUGAACCUAUUCUAAAUUGAAGAAUGGCCAACCUAUAAUGAUAGUAGCCCAUGUUGUUGAGAAAAGUUGGAAUUUCCAUAAGCUGGUGGGCAGUGCAUUGCUGGAAAAAAGAAAAGAAAAUUCAGCUGACUGAAUGUGGCCCCAGCAGCUUGUUUUGUGUGCAGUGUCUAGACAUCUGAAAUGUGUUUGAUGUGUUGGGACCAUAUUCCUUUAGGAGAAUUUUGCACACCUCUUUAUAAGAGCAUAUUUUAGAUUUGUAUAUAGUAGAGACAUCUUAGCAAGUAGGGUUACAUUUACAUUUGUCCAUAGCUGUUGGGCAUUACCUCAUAGUGAAACUCAUUUAUACACCAUGUCAUUGUACAAACUGGACAUAUUAAUAUUCCCUUGUGUACAUAACAUUGGUGACAAGUGUAUGUACAUAUAUGUGUGCUGCCUUGCACUUUUCAAGUUGCUUAAGAGUAGACUUUUGUACCUUUUUGAAAGGUAAUGUUGCUUGACUUGUUACAUCAUUGAUAGCAUGUAACAAGGUAACUGAGAUACCAGGUUUAGUAGAAAGUUAAUUUAUUUGCUAAACUGUGGUUGCACCUCCUUUCAGUUGUUGUUUUGUCCCCGUCAAGAUGGAGUCAGUAGUCAUGACCUGUGAAAAGCACAUUUCUCUGCCCGUUUCAACACUAUACUGUAGCAAGCAAUAUUCCAGGUUUCCUUUGCUCCCCCUCACUUAGCAAGAGAGGGUCAUUCCAAACACCAAGCAGCUGAUCACCCUGUGUGUCCAGAUUAUGUAGUGUGUGUUGGCAAUCUUGUGUUGGUAUAAUAAAUGGUAGUUUUUUCAAUGUAUUUAUCCAGGUCUUAGUGAAAACCCAAGCCUGAUAUUUGGACUAUGCGAGUACUAUCAUUAUACAGGUAAAGACUUCUUGAGCAAAGUGAUUGUUAUACUUGUUGAUUAUGUGGUGUGCUACUUUGUUUUGGAUGGCAAUCCAAAAUGUUGUUCUUAAUUUCAAAUUUAUUUUAUAGACAUAUACAAUUAUAUAACCAAAGUAUACAUCAUAGGUUAAGGCUAUUUUAAUACUUAUAGUUUGUAAGAUGUGUUUAGCUGUAAGAUGAUGAAGAUGUUGCACUGACAGUGUUCUCCGCUUCUUAGUGACAUACAUAUACCACAGUUACAACGUGUCCUCGGCCUGCCCAGGCUCCAUAGCGAGGUGACCGCCAGCCACCGCAAGAAGCAGGAUCAACAUUGAUGUUCUAGAUUAGAUGUUACCAGUAUACAGUGACAACCUGUAGCAGCAGAGAGUCUGGCUCGGAAACACAGGCUAACUGGUUUUCCUUAUUUCACAAGCUCUCUGCUCCUUUUUUUAUUCUUUUUAUACUGAGGCAUUCAUGUUUUAGACAUGUUGUAAUCUAGCUCUGGACUUUGAUUCACAUAUUCCUUCACAUCUUAAACAUUCCCAUUCAGAUUUUCUGCUGCUUGAAUAACAUUAUCUUAAUUAUAGUUUUAUGUUAAUUAUCAUAGAGCACUCAAUAUGCAUUUCUGUAAGUAUAAUCCCUUUUCAGCUGUUAUUUAUGUUAGUGAUAUCUUGUAAUCAUCACAUACUCUUUAGGCUGCUAUUGGGGAUUUCCAGUUUUAAGUUUCAUGACAAAAAAUAAUUCAUAUGACUGACACAAGAGUUCACAAAUCAUGAUUUUAUCCCAGAACAAAAUGUGUCCUGAAUGCAAUGUCUGUCCCAUUGGCCUCCACAGAUAGCAAAACGUAGCCCAAGAACCCCCUCAGAGGCACAGUACCUCACAUUCACACCCAGUAGUUUGCCUAAUGUAUAUAUUGUGAUAUAGAAUCCGAGCUCUGCCUCCAGAGCAUUGAGGGCCUGCAGCCGCCUCCCCGUGUGAGUGUGUCCGUGUAGUAGCUUCAUGUGGUGUCAUCCACCUCCCUUUAACUACUGCUGUGUGCAUGUUUUGUUGGUAUUUGUAUUGUGGUUGGUAACAUAGCUUCUCAAAUCACUAAUCAACGUAAUUUAAUGUACCGUUAUCAGGAAUCAUAUCUCAAAAUCCCCAUUUUAUUAUUAUUUAUAGUUUAACAAAAAAAUUUCGAGAAAGUGAUUCUCUGAUGUAUCUACUAAGUCCAUGUAGAUGAGGAUAGACCAACUGGUAGGUAUCUGUUUGGCCAGGUGCCAUAGGGAGGGAUGUGCCUGUAGAUGCUCUAAAUAAACUUUAAAAAUUGAA